CCUCCAGAAAAUCACUAAUCGGCCCGGUUUGUUCGAGAAACAUGCAAUCUGAUGUAACAUCGUCAAGUGCAGCUCCGAAUUCGUGAUUGUGAAGCAUACAUUUGUUUUUCUCAAAUCGAGUAACCGUACAGAACAAAAAAGUAUCAAAAAUGAAUCAAAUACUUUGCCAAGCUACUCGCUUCGGGAGAUCGAAUGGAGUUAAAAGUAUAUCGUCACAGUUGAUUCGAAAUCGAAUGCCGAAACACACGGCUGUAGCUUCGGUUGCUGGAAGCGAAAGAUUGUUGAGCACCAUUCACCAGGAAUCAUGUGCCACCCAACGAUCGUGGAUACAAUUUUCUGCAUUUAGUCGUACUCGAAAAAUCAGUCACUCGCCAAUGGUGAUCAGUGCUCGGUUAUUUUGCGCUAAAAACGAUACUGAGGAUGAUGACAUGCUGGACACGCCGGAACCGGCAGCUAACUCAUUCGGUACCCAACUUCCAGCAACAGUGGCAAUUCCGGAAGUGUGGCCCCAUCUACCGGUGAUUGCUGCCAAACGAAAUCCGGUAUUUCCCAGGUUCAUGAAAAUAUUAGAGAUUACGAACCCCAUGCUGAUAGACUUAAUUCGAAGGAAGGUUAAGCUUAAUCAACCUUACGUUGGUAUCUUUCUGAAAAAAGACGAUGAUAACCCCAACGAACUUAUGGACAAUCUGACCGAAAUUUACAAUGUGGGAACAUUUGCUCAAAUCCAGGAAAUGCAGGAUUUGGGUGAUAAAAUUCGACUGGUAGUCACAGCCCAUCGGAGGAUCAAAAUUACCGGCCAGUUGUAUGAAGACCUAGAAGCACCCCAAGAAGGCAAGCAAAUGACAAUAAAAUAUCCGUUCUUUAAAACACAAAUCAAUGUCUCAGUUGAUGAAACGGAUGCAGAGAAGCGUAGACGCAAGCACAAGAAUCGCAAUAAAAAAUUGGUUCGCAAUACCAACAAUGACAGCACACCGGAAGGCGAACCUAUUGAGGAACCUCCCAAGCGACGCUUGCUGAACGUGGGUGAACAGCAACCAGUGUUGAUGGUGGAAGUUGAAAAUAUCAAACACGAUACAUUUAAACACACCGAAGAGGUCAAGGCACUUACUCAAGAGGUCAUCAAGACAAUACGUGAUAUAAUUACGAUGAAUCCGCUCUACAGAGAGAGUCUACAACAAAUGCUUAAUCAGAAUCAACGAGUUGUUGAUAAUCCCGUGUACCUUUGUGAUCUUGGAGCUUCUCUCUCGUCAGCUGAACCGCAGGAGUUGCAGGAAAUUCUUGAAGAGUUAGAUAUUCCAAAAAGACUGAUGCUCGCAUUGUCACUUCUAAAAAAAGAACUAGAACUGUCCAAGCUACAAGCCAAGAUUGGUCGCGAGGUGGAGGAAAAAGUAAAGCAACAGCAUCGCAAAUAUAUACUACAGGAGCAACUGAAGGUUAUCAAAAAAGAGCUUGGAAUCGAGAAGGAUGACAAGGAUGCUAUUGGAGAGAAGUACCGCGAAAGAAUUAAAGACAAAGUUGUACCCCAAGCAGUAGCAGCCGUAAUAGACGAAGAGCUGAAUAAGCUUAAUUUCUUAGAAAGCCACAGUUCUGAGUUCAAUGUCACCCGCAAUUACCUUGACUGGUUAACGACGCUGCCUUGGGGUGUGACGAGUGAGGAAAAUCUGGACAUUGAUCGUGCAAGCGAGAUUCUGGAUUCAGAUCACUAUGGCAUGGAGGACAUUAAAAAGCGUAUACUUGAGUUUAUAGCAGUAAGUCAGCUAAAAGGAACCACCCAGGGCAAAAUUUUGUGCUUCCAUGGGCCUCCAGGAGUUGGUAAAACCAGUAUCGCACGUUCAAUCGCUCGAGCGCUGAAUAGGGAAUAUUUUCGGUUCAGCGUGGGUGGUAUGACAGAUGUUGCUGAAAUUAAAGGUCACAGGCGAACAUAUGUCGGUGCCAUGCCUGGAAAACUUAUACAAUGUUUGAAGAAAACUAAAACAGAGAAUCCUUUGGUUUUGAUUGACGAAGUUGAUAAAAUUGGAAAAGGUUAUCAAGGAGAUCCUAGUUCUGCACUGUUAGAAAUGUUAGAUCCAGAACAAAACGCUAAUUUUUUGGACCAUUACCUGGAUGUUGCAGUAGAUUUAUCUAAGGUACUUUUCAUAUGUACUGCCAACGUCAUUGAUACUAUACCGGAACCAUUAAGAGAUCGCAUGGAAAUGAUUGAUAUGUCUGGUUAUGUAGCGGAAGAAAAAAUGGCUAUUGCCCGUCAGUAUUUGAUUCCACAGGCGAAAAAGGAAUGCGGACUCGAGGACAAACACAUCAACAUAACUGACGACGCGUUGCAUGUUCUCAUUAGAAGCUACUGUCGGGAAUCGGGCGUAAGAAACCUCCAGAAACAAAUUGAGAAAGUGAUUAGAAAGGUCACAUACAAAGUGGUAAGAAAAGAAAUUGAAUCUGCCGAAAUCACGGGAAACAAUUUGAACGAGUUACUUGGAAAACCCAUCUUUACACACGAUCGUAUGUACAAAAAUACGCCUCCUGGUGUUGUGAUGGGUCUGGCCUGGACGGCAAUGGGUGGGUCAGCAUUGUACAUUGAAACUGCUAAGCGGAAAUUGUUAGAGGCUGGUAAAAAAGAAGGUUCUCGAGACGGUUCUUUGGAAGUUACCGGACAUCUUGGUGAUGUAAUGAAAGAAUCGGCUCGCAUUUCUCUCACAGUUGCUCGAAACUUUAUGCUAGAAUUGGACGCGAAGAACGAUUUCCUUGAAUCCAAUCACAUUCAUUUGCACGUGCCCGAGGGAGCAACUCCAAAGGAUGGCCCUAGCGCAGGUGUGACGAUAGUGACGGCUCUUUUGUCACUGGCAAAGAACCAACCAAUUCGUCAAAAUGUAGCGAUGACGGGGGAAAUUUCGCUUACCGGUGUUGUCCUCCCGGUCGGUGGAAUUAAGGAAAAAACUAUUGCCGCCAAGCGCAGCGGUGUGAACUGCAUUAUACUGCCAGAAGAAAACAAGAAGGAUUUCACAGAUCUGCCUAAAUUUAUCACUGAUGGGCUGGAAGUGCAUUUCGUAGAAAGCUACAAGGACGUGUACAAAAUUGUGUUCUCUUAGAAAUAAAGACGUUACUUGGUAUUCUGCUUCAGUGAAGUUUGUAAAAAAUAGAUUUAUUGCUAUAAACGUUGAAAA